AUGCACGGGCUUGUUGAAAAGUACGAUGCCUUACAGACAAUGGACAUGCAGCGGAUCAAGAAGCUGCGUGUCUUCUUGGCAGAUGAAACAUUUCACCAGUUCAAGACUAGUAUCGCGCGCCUGGAAGGGGAUUAUCCGACGCCAAAGGGUUUGUAUAAGAUUCUUGAGGCUGAUUUUGUUCUCAAGCGGCCAUCUGUUACCCCGAUUGCGGGGCCUACUAUCUCGUGGGGAUUUCACCAUCCGCCGUCAUAUGAAGCUCAGGGCAAUUGUUAUGGCCAUGGGAUAUAUUACCUUGGACAAAGCGCAAAGACGGGUUACUUCUACUUUGGAGGGGAGAACGCCCGGGUGGAGGAAUCCGUGUCUCCAGAUGAUAGUUUCAUGAACGAGGACUCGGUGACGCAUCUACUAUCGGUAUUGCCGCAGUUCUUUGGCAAAGACAGCUCGCCACCAUGGAGACUAGUAAGUGCUUGGAGUGGCAUCAUGGGAUUUUCAUUCGAUGGUCUGCCACUAGUCGGGAGGCUUUCGUCCGAUCUGUCUGGACGAAUCGGCGAUGAAGAGUGGAUUGCAGCUGGGUUUAAUGGCUAUGGCAUGGCAAACUGCUUGAUGAGUGGAGAGGGAUUGACCCUGAUGAUGUUAGGGAAGAACGUGAGCCACUGGCUCCCGAGCGCAUACGGCACAGGAGAGAAGAGACUGGGAGAAACGUCCACAGUCUCGCGAGCGACCAAGGGCUUAAGCUCGAAGCUAUAA